GUACAGGGUGAGUAAAAAACACUCGUAAACAUGUCCAAAACCCUAGCGACCAUGAGGGACUUUUUUAUUUUAUUUCUUUUUCGCCAAGGGGUGUUCAGGGUUUUAUCCUAGUGACCAUCUCCAUUUGGAUGGGGACAAUUUUGCCCCACAAGAUGCAUCCAACAAGAGUAAAUCCCCUCUCAAAACAAACAAAGAAACACAAAAACACACAAAAAAAAUGCUUUUAAAGCAAGAGUGGAGGACACAAGAAACAUUUUUAUGCUGUUGCAAAAGUUGGGUAUAGUCAUGACCAGAAAGGGAGCUUGAAAAAUAGCCUGGAGAACCCAACUCAGCCCUGCUCGGUUUUCACGACAUUGCCCUCAAACAGCCUCAGUCUCACCCCAAAAUUUUGCCUCCAAGUUUUUCAGAAGACGCCGACUCCUCCCAACGCUCUGCAGAACAAGAGCGAGGCUGGGGGAAGGAGCAGGACAGAGGUGUGCAUGAUUACCUCCCUGCUGCGCUACGUCUGCCGCUGGAACGGCUCCGCAGGCCACGGGGGCUGCAAGCUGUGCCCCCAGUCUUGGCAGCUUUUUGGGGACCAGUGCUACCAGGUUUCCAAAUCAACUGGGAAUUGGACGGAAGGCAAAAAAGACUGCGACAGUCGGGGUUCCCAUCUGGCCGUGUUCCGAAACACCACCGAUAUGGAGCACUUAAAUGAGGGGAUCCAGCAGGACAGCAAGGACAAGCUAAUUGUGUGGAUUGGAUUAAAGGUAUCCAACAACACAUGGAAAUGGGUGGACAACUCCUCCUUCGAUGCCACCACGUGAGUACAGCUGCAACCCGUGGUGUGCGGAGCAGCUUUGCUCCACUUCUGCCCCAAUAUCUUCAAUAUUUGGUAUCUGCAACAGCUUUUUAAUCCCCCCGAAUGGCUUUAUAGCCCAAUA